AUGGCUCCUCACGCCGACCCAAACUCCCUUAUCGAUCGUGUUGGUGGGCAGUGGGCAGGCCCGGAGUUGCAACGGGAAUUUCAGAGGGAAGUGUCCGAGCUGCUUGGGCGAAAGAACCGUUCCUUUCCUGGCGCCCAACCCGUCUCCUUUGCCGCCCGGCAUAUCCAAGAACUCAAGAGCCAGGACUACUUUGUCUGCGAGAAGACGGACGGCGCUCGGUAUCUGAUGUAUCUCACGGAAGAUAACCAAAAAGAUAUUCACUACCUGAUCGACCGAAAGAACGACUACUACUAUAUCCCGGGCCUCCAUUUCCCUCAUCACGAAGAUUCAACUUUCCAGCGAUAUCACACGAAUACAAUCUUGGACGGAGAACUAGUCGAGGACAAAUACCCCGACCGGCCCUCAGAGAUCAAAUUUCUCGUGUUCGAUUGCCUGAUCUUGGAUAAAACUAUGCUCAUGCAACGACCUCUCGACAAACGCCUCGCAUAUUUCAAAUCUCACGUUCUCCAGCCCUACAGAGAGAUGCACAAGCAAAGCCCCAACUUACCACGACCUUUCGUCGUUGAGGACAAGGCAACGGAGUUCAGUUAUGCUUUGGAAAAGAUGUUUAAAGAUGUCAUUCCCAAAGUGAAACGGCUGCAUGGGAACGAUGGGCUGAUUUUCACAUGCAAGAAUACCCCCUACAAAACCGGCACGGAUGAGCAUAUCCUUAAAUGGAAACCGCCCUCGGAGAACACGGUAGACUUCCUGCUGCAUAUCCAAUGGGCCACGGUGAGACCUGAUCCAGACGAUCCAGACCAAUCCCCGCAGGAAGACUACGAGGCCUUUCCGGACACACUGGGUCUAUAUAUCAACUGCGGCAAUGACGGCGAUUAUGCUCCCGUGGGCGUCCUUUACCUCGACUCCCGCGAAUGGGAGGAGUGGAAAUCCUUAGGUCGACCACUCCAAGACUGCAUUGUGGAAUGUUUUCAGGAGGACAUAAGUCCCAGCCCUCCACAUACUUAUCCGGAAAGCAGCGACUUGCCCAAUGGGGCCAAAAAUCCAAAGCAGGUUCGACGCUGGCGAUUCCACCGUUUCCGAGACGACAAGUUUGAAGCCAACCAUAUCACCACCUACCAAAGUGUUAUUGAAUCGAUCAGUGAUCAUGUCACGGAGGAAGAUCUGUUGUCACACGCAGACGAGAUCCGAAAAGCAUGGAAGCAGCGAGACUCCGAGACCAAGAAGAGAGAUGCUGCAAAGCGAGCUCUCACAGGCGCAGCGUGGCCAAAACAUGCUUAA